AUGCACCUGUUGGUGGGCUGUGGGGCCGCGCUGGUGGCGUCGGUGGCCGCCACCGCUGCCUCGACCUCGACGUUCUCGUGGUCGCUUCAUGGCCAAGGAUCGCCGGUGUACACCGCGCCCAAGGCGUUCCCUACCUCUGAGUUUCGCAGCAUGUACUUUACGCCCAAGGCACAAGAGGCCAUACCGCGUCCCGUGGUCACCGACGUGGACGGCCAGGCCUUCCCCGACUCGCUGAAUGAUCCGGACCGCAUGCCCACGACGACGCCCAGUGCGUCGGGUGUGCUCCCUGCGGCGUCGAGCUCGUCGUCCGCGUCGAAGGACGAGGUGCGCUCCCAGGUGGCUUCAACGAUCCGUGACCAGAGCCAGUCCAAGUGCGACCGGUGCAAGCAAGCCUUGCGCUUGGGCCAGUCCCUGGCGCGUGCCCACCCCGAGGUGGUGCCGGGCGUGCUGAUCGACCUGUGCAAGGAGUUCCAGUACAAGCAGUUUGGUCGUAACCCCGACGUGAACAAGACCUGUGAGCUGUCGUACACCGCUGGCGGCCAGGGCGGUGUGUUUACGCAGCUGCUGUCGUUUGCCGACCUGUCCGACUCGAGCUCCGAUGCCGACAUGAUUUGUGCGCAGCUGUUUUAUCGGUACUGCCCGCUGCCCCCGUUCCAGACGCUGUCCGACUCGUUUCUGGAUGCGUGGUUCCACGGCCAGCGCGACGAGCCUGCCCAUGUGACGUGCCGAUCGAAGCGCGUAGGCAAGCCGCAAGACAAGGACUUGCGUGUCCUUUGGACGUCGGAUAUCCACCUCGACGCCCGCUAUGCGGUCGGCUCCGAGGCGCGGUGCACGUACAAGUACUGCUGCCACAGCAACUCGUUCAACACGACCACAUACAACGUCACGGGCUACCAGACGCAUGUGCCUGCACAGAAUGUGUCGCUGCCCGCCCCGUACUGGGGCUAUGAGGGAUGCGAUGCGCCGUGGUCGUUGGUCGCGUCGGCGUUCCAAGCGAUCGAGAAGCUCGGCCCCUACGACCUCGCCCUGUACACGGGCGACCUUGUGGCGCAUGGCCAGACGUGGGAAGAGUCGCCGGACAUGGUGCACUACUCCGAGUCGGCGCUGUUUGAUAUCAUGCAUCGCCACCUCCAGAACACGACCGUCGUGGCGGCCAUCGGCAACCACGACUCGUAUCCGACGGAGAAUGCGGCGCCUCGCAAGCUGCCGAACGGUCGCAGCAGCCAAUUCAGCUGGGACUGGGACUAUGUAUCCAAGCUGUGGCACCAGGAGGGCUGGGUCGAUGAGUGCCAGGCCCAACAAGUGCGCACUCACUACGGUGGCUACUCGAUCACGCCGCGCCGCGGGCUGCGUGUCAUUACGUUCAACACCGACUUUUGGUACCGCAGCAACGUGUUCAACUACAUCCACUCGUCGCAUCCCGACUACAGUGGCGUGCUGCGCUGGGUGACGGACGAGCUCCAGGCCGCCGAAGACGCGCAUGAGCGAGUAUGGAUCGUCGGCCACGUUCUCCCUGGCUGGGACGGCUACAGCUCGAUGGACCUGCCUACGAACCUGUUCUACCAGAUCGUGACGCGAUUCCGCAGCACCAUUGCCCACAUGUUCUUUGCGCACUCGCACGAAGACACGUUCAGUGUAUACUACCACAACACGAACGGCAAUGCCAGCAGCGUCUCCCAGCACACGCAGGACGCCGUCGGCAUCGCGCUGCACUCGCCCGCUAUUACGCCGCUCACGAACAUGAACCCGGGCAUCCGCGUGCUGCAUGUGGAUCCCGUGACGUACGAUAUCAUGGACUACGACCAGUACUACACGCCGCUGCAGAAUGUGCAGAACGCCACCGAGACGCACACCGGCCUCGCGUGGCACCACCUGUACAGCGCGCGCGAUGCGUACGGCGACUUUCGUGCGUCGCAGGCCCAGGGCACCUAUGCGGCACCGGUGCAGCUCGACCACGGCCUGUGGCCCCAGCAUGCACCGCUGAAUGCGUCGUUCUGGGCCGCCAUCACCGACGAGAUUCUCGCGCGCCCAUCGCUGGCGGGCCAGUUCCAAACGUUCCAGGGCCGCAACAGUCCUCUGAGCCCGCCGUGCUACAACGUGGCCUGUGCACGUGCCAAGGCCUGCUUCAUGCGCGCUGGCUCCUUUGCCUUGGGCAAGUCGUGCGGCUCAGCGUAUUCCACCGUCCAAUAG